ACUAUUUUACAGAUGAAGAAAUUGAAGCUCAAAGAGGUUAAGUAACAUAUCCCAAGUCUGGUAUCCAGAGUUACAGGGGAGUUUGGGGAGUUCUGAGUCUACUUGGACUCCAAAGCUCAUGAUCUCUUCAGUACACCAGACUGUGUCUCGAGUGAGGGGAGUGUGGUUCUUUGCUAACACUUCUUAUACACAAAUAAUGAAAUGGUUUCCAGUUUAGCAUUGCAGAUGUCACUUUAUUUUAAUGCCUACUUUUUCCCACUUUGGUGGGUGAGCAGCAUUAUGAUGCUUCAGAUGAAGUAUUCAGUCUUGCCUGAUUACUACAAAUUCAUUGUGGUCACUGUUAUCAUCCUAAUAACCUUAAUUGAAGCUAUCAGGCUGUAUCUGGGCUACAUGGGGAACCUGCAGGAGAAGGUUCCUGAGUUGGCUGGCUUUUGGCUUUUGAGCCUUCUAUUGCAGUUGCCUUUAAUUCUUUUCUUGCUCUUUAAUGAAGGCCUAGCAAAUCUGCCCUUGGAAAAAGCGAUACACAUCAUUUUCACUAUGUUCCUUACUUUCCAAGUUGUUUCAGCAUUUCUUACCCUGAGGAAAAUGGUAAAUCAACUGGCAACUCGUUUCCACUUUCAAGACUUUGACCAGCUCUCUGCAAAUAGAGAAGGCAUGAGAAGAAUGAGAUCCUGUAUAGAAGAGAUUUGACCCAGUGCUGUUGAGUGAAAAUUUGAAAGAUCAUUCUAGAAGACUGCAAGAGUUAGGAAAACAUUAGCGAUCUAACAUAAGAGAAAGGACAAAGCAAGUGUUUUUUUUUUUUUUGUG